AUGACUUUGGUGCACAUGGGUACAUGGAUUAGACCAAUUCCGGACCUAUAUAUAAAUAUCCCUCUUCUUCCAUAUCCAUCACAAGUUACAAAAACACAAAACUAAAAUCAGAAAAAUGAAGAUGACAUUGGUAACAUUGGUCCUUAUAGUUGCCUUGAGCACGAAGGCACUUCUUGGUGCAGCUGGUCCUGCACCUGAGCAAGUGCUGGACACAUCAGGGAAGAUAGUUCGAGCUCGUUCGAGUUACUACAUCGUUCCGGCUUCCCCCGAUUUAGGUGGCCUUGAUAUGGCAACCACAGGUGCAGAUUGCCCUCUUGAUGUUGUAGUUGUUGAUGGUUACCAAGGCCAGCCUUUGAUCUUUACACCUGUUAAUUUUAACAAAGGUGUCAUUCGUGUUUCCACUGAUCUCAACAUCUAUUUCCCCGUUGCCACAAGUUGUCCACAGACCACAGUGUGGAAGCUUAAGGACUAUGAUUAUUCAACAUCACAGAGGUUUGUGACUACUGGUGGUGAUUUCGGCAACCCCGGUUCGCAAACCGUGGCGAAUUGGUUCAAGAUUGAGAAGUAUGAGGAUGCUUACAAGUUGGUGUACUGUCCAAGUGUGUGCAACGAUUGCAGUUAUCCAUGCGGUGAUAUUGGAAUAUACCAGGAUGAAUAUGGCAAGCGUCUUGCUCUAAGUUCUGAACCAUACAAAGUGAAGUUCCAGCGGGCUUGAUUAUUGAAUUGAUAACAAAACUAAUUAAAGAAUAAUGAAUAAGUGUAAUGAACUACUUUAUGCUUUUGCUGCAUAUAUGGUAAUUCUCAUGUUGAGUUCCUUGCCACGGACUUGAUAAUAAAUAAACAAGUUACUUUCUAUUUUUAGUC